CUAACUGUAGGUCCUAACGUUGAUCAUGGAGUGAACGGCGCAUGCUCUGAAUAGUUGUGCGCUUUGUUGCGAAAGUAAUUAGGACCUAUUUACUAGUCUGUGUUGUUAUCGGGAAUUAUUCGGUGUGAGGGUCAAAUAAGAUGCCAACUAUAAAAUUGCAGAGUUCGGAUGGCGAACUGUUUGAAGUCGAUGUAGAAAUCGCUAAACAGUCAGUAACCAUCAAGACAAUGCUGGAAGAUUUGGGGAUGGACGACGAAGGGGAUGAUGAUCCAGUGCCUCUGCCAAAUGUGAAUGCAGCCAUACUCAAAAAGGUAAUCCAGUGGUGCACCCAUCACAAAGAUGACCCUCCUCCCCCUGAGGACGACGAAAACAAAGAGAAGAGAACAGAUGACAUCCCUGUCUGGGACCAAGAAUUCCUCAAGGUGGACCAGGGCACUCUCUUUGAACUUAUUCUGGCUGCAAACUACUUGGACAUCAAAGGACUGUUAGAUGUCACCUGCAAGACGGUUGCGAAUAUGAUCAAAGGCAAGACCCCAGAGGAAAUCCGGAAGACGUUCAAUAUCAAAAACGAUUUCACAGAGGAAGAGGAGGCUCAGGUGCGCAAGGAGAACCAGUGGUGUGAGGAGAAAUGAGGCCCUGUGAACUAAACCUGUGGAAGGAUUCUGCUAGAUAACCGGUUGCACUGCACUGAUCAUAUUUAUGGACAGCUGUCAUAUUAGACUUUUAGAUUGGACGCCCCCCUGCCCCGCCCCUCCCCAAGUAUAGUCACAGCAUGCUCACUGACAUUAGCCAUGUGGUUCAGAAGCAUUUGAGGAAAAACAGAAACAAAUCAUAGACUUUAAUAUUAUUAUUCGUUGGCGUGAGUUGAUCUUGCUCAUAUAAGCAGCAGCCGCGCUUUCAGGCCACCUCCUGUUUUGUUACCCAUGAAACAAUAGGACAGCUUGAUGCAAUGUUUUUAUAACACAGCCUUUUGUUUACUGAUUUUUAGGAAGUAUUUGGGACAGAGAUUAUGUUUUUGGGUGGGGGUCUAUGGGUUUGAUAAUGAAGCUUGAAUAUAAGUGAGACUCUGUGAACUGGAAGCACUUGUAUAGAAAUGUUGGUGUUUCAGUUUGAAUUUUUAUUCUGCCUGUUGCUGUUGUUAUUGUAUAAGGUUGGGUCUGCCAUUUGGCCAUGCAUCCAACCAACCAAUGUAAUUGAAGAAAGGUAUAAAAAGUGAAGUUCAGAAAGUU